GAGUGUGCUUCCUGCAGAGAAGAGCUCAGGCCUGCCUCAUUUUCGCAUGGCAGGUCAGCUGCUCUGUGUUUCAGUCUGAAGCCGUUGGCUGCUACGGAACCGUUUGGCUCUUUUCUCUACUAGCGAGCAACGCUACAUUCAAGACCCGACUGUAAAACCAGCUCAAUUUUAAGGGGAUUUAUCACCAUAUAUGUCAGUAUAUUCAAAACACAUCGCUCACUGGGGAUCAAGGUACCGGUCGGCCGGUUCUGAAGGCUGUUAUAACGCUCUUUUCGAGGUUUAAUUAGAGCUUGAAAACAGCGGUGGUAGUGGAGGAGAUUCCAUAUUAGGAGCACAGAGGAGAAGGCACCCCCCUUGUGUGAUUUGGAGCUUUAGGUUCUAAACGCAUGGUUUCAAGUCCUGACUGAGCAAACAUAGUGGUGGUGGAUAUAGACCUACUACUGGGGCUAGGCGCGUGUGUGCUGACCUCAUGGUGUAACAGGAUUAAAAAUGAGCAUUAGCAGUGAUGAGGUCAACUUUCUGGUCUACAGAUACCUACAGGAAUCAGGGUUCUCCCACUCUGCGUUUACAUUUGGUAUAGAAAGCCACAUCAGUCAGUCCAACAUCAACGGUGCUCUGGUGCCCCCUGCUGCCCUCAUCAGCAUUAUUCAGAAGGGCCUGCAGUAUGUGGAGGCAGAAGUCAGCAUCAAUGAGGACGGCACGUUAUUUGACGGACGUCCCAUUGAAUCUCUGUCCCUCAUUGAUGCGGUGAUGCCAGACGUGGUUCAGACGAGGCAGCAGGCUUACCGGGACAAAAUGGCCCAGCAGCAGGCUGCAGCUUCAGCACCAGCAUCAGCUGCUGGAGGCAGCAUAACUGGGAACGCCAAGAAUGGAGAGAAUACUGCCAACGGGGAGGAGAACGGAGCCCAUGCCUUAGCAAACAACCACUCAGAUCUGAUGGAAGUGGAUGGAGAUGUAGAGAUCCCUCAGAAUAAGGCCAUGGUCCUGAGGGGUCACGAGUCCGAGGUCUUUAUCUGUGCCUGGAACCCAGUGAGUGAUCUGCUAGCAUCUGGGUCUGGUGAUUCGACAGCUCGUAUCUGGAACCUGAGUGAAAACAGUACAAGCAGCUCCACACAGCUGGUGCUGAGGCACUGCAUUAGAGAAGGAGGACAGGACGUCCCCAGCAACAAAGAUGUCACCUCACUGGACUGGAAUAGUGAGGGCACGCUGUUGGCUACAGGCUCAUAUGAUGGCUUUGCCAGAAUAUGGACAAAAGAUGGUAACCUAGCCAGUACCCUGGGACAACACAAAGGUCCCAUUUUUGCCCUGAAGUGGAAUAAAAAAGGCAAUUUUAUCUUGAGUGCAGGAGUAGACAAGACUACAAUCAUAUGGGAUGCUCAUACAGGAGAAGCCAAACAACAGUUUCCCUUCCAUUCAGCUCCAGCUCUGGACGUGGACUGGCAGAGCAACAACACAUUUGCUUCCUGUAGUACAGACAUGUGUAUCCAUGUCUGUAAACUGGGACAGGACCGGCCCAUUAAAACAUUCCAGGGACACUCAAAUGAAGUGAAUGCAAUAAAGUGGGACCCAACGGGGAACCUGUUAGCAUCCUGCUCAGAUGACAUGACGUUGAAGAUCUGGAGUAUGAAGCAGGACACGUGUAUCCAUGACCUGCAGGCCCACAGCAAAGAAAUCUACACCAUUAAAUGGAGUCCGACUGGACCGGGAACCAACAAUCCCAGCGCUAACCUCAUGCUAGCCAGUGCAUCGUUUGACUCCACGGUGCGUCUCUGGGAUGUGGAUCGAGGCAUCUGUAUCCACACGCUGACUAAACACCAGGAGCCGGUGUACAGCGUGGCUUUCAGCCCUGAUGGGCGCCAUCUGGCCAGCGGCUCGUUUGACAAAUGUGUGCACAUCUGGAACACACAGACGGGGGCGUUGGUGCACAGCUACAGAGGGACAGGUGGGAUCUUUGAGGUGUGUUGGAACGCAGCAGGAGACAAAGUGGGAGCUAGCGCGUCAGACGGAUCUGUGUGUGUAUUAGACCUGCGGAAAUAGUGCUGCUGUUUGUUGGAAGCCAUGGACCGACCAUGAAUGUGUACAUAGCCAAAAGACUGUCCCUGCCUGCCCUGCGUACUGCUCACGCUUACGACUACGGCCCCGCCCACCGACAAACAGGAAGCAGGAUACAGGAACAGGAAGCAAGUACCCGACACAGCAGGUCCAGACGUGGGGAUAAACUGACAGAUGGACGGAUUGAUGAACCUUAGGAUGGAGGCGCCCCGCCCCCUCUGUUGGUGUAGACUCUCAGAGAGAUGCAGAAGGGACGCAGCAAAAAAGACAAAAAAAGUGACAGAUCCGUAUAUUUACCAAAAUAUGGAAGCUGUUUGGCUUUUCGAUCUCUGAACCAUUCUCAUUGUCAUCAAAAUGUAAAACAAAGAAAAAGUGUUGAUCUAUGUUACUAGUCAGAUCUUAUUGUGCGGACAUAUCGGCUCCUUCAUCACAGGAUAGGAUGGCACUUAGAUGUUUUUUUUUUUAAUUUCAGAUCUCUCAUUUUAACGUCUUUAUAUUUUUUAUCUUUUGGGAGGGUCAAAGGUCGGGUCAGGUCUUUGAUGGAGUAGUACACCCAGUCACGGGAUUCCUGAGGGAGGUUUCAGUGGCUCACAAAGCUUCAUGGUGCAGUUUUUCUUUGUCUAGAGAUAAAACUCUGGAUUCCUCUGAUGCAUCCACACGGGCAAAUAACAGAUCAUGUACCCCUUUAACUGAACCCCACCCAAUAUUCUUAUCUGCAACCUGUAGCUGUCACCUGUCUGCUACAGGAAACAACCAGAACCAGGACCAGGACCUGACUGACAUCCACUCCCCUGAAGGUUUGAUCCAGCCUCUGUUUUUGUGGCUGAUGGCAGCGGGAGAUUCGUGUGUUCAUGUUUGCCUGUUUUAUACUGUUUUACAUGAACGUAUUGUCAUUUUUACAGCUUUUUAAAUUAAAUGUAAUAGUUUCCCUUUGCCAGUAAUAACUUGUUUCCCUUCAGCACUCAUUAUGUCCUAUGGCGGCUGUCCCUCCAAGGGGACACGCCCAUUAACAACGACAUGAUCUGGUUAGAGGAGUUUCUGGUAAAUGUGGGACACUGAGUUAGUCAGGCUGGUAGAAUAUUUAAACUUGAUAACAGGUUUGGCCCAGCGAUGUGUAAAAUCCACCGACCUCAUUCUCUCUGCCUGACCUCUGUUUCAGUACAGAAAAGGUAAGCAGGACUGGGUGUUGGGUUCCUACUAAAGCGAACUGGAGCCACAGCAGGUGAAGCCUCACAGCAACAUUUUUCUAACCAUAAGGGUUUUCCCGGUAAACCAGUUCCAGUGCAAAACUGGUGCUAGUGCUUUUCUUUGGACCAGUUCUUUGUGUUUUCACUGCCACUGAUCAUCUGGUUGGAUCUGAGCUGGGCCAGAACUACUUUCAGGUUUAUCAAGACCAAUAACAAAUGAAAGCUUUGCAAAAACCGUGUUUAAACUUCUAGAGUUCAUUUGGUUUUGCAUCUAAUUUAGGGGAAAAACGGUAAAAACUGCACUUCAACACAUCUCUGAGUUUCAGUAGGUCAGUGUGCUGCAUGGAGCGCAUUAACCAGCUCUGCUGGUGCUGAUCAGAUCACAGCCAAUGUUCCCAUUGACAAACAUGGCUUGUUGUUUAAAACAGCGUCUGUUUGCAGGGAUUCUGGGAUAGGUGUGGUUAAACUCUCCCUCUACAGUCCUCGGUAAACAUUUACUGGAUGAGAUGUUUAUAGUGAUGUGGCUCAUGUUAGCUCUCCAGAUGUGGAAAACCAAACCAGUUCUUUCGUAGAACCAUUUAGGAACUGCACUAACAUUUGCUUCCAGUAAAUAUCUGAUUAUUGAGUGUUUGUAGUUGCAGAAAUGUCUGUCUUGUCAUCCUUGCAAACAGGCUGAUUUCUAAAGGCUGCUUUAAGUGAGAGGUCUGUGGUUGCUCUAUUACUUUAGAUCAGUGGAGCUGCAGCUCAAAGUUACACAGGAUGUUUCAAACAGGACGUAGAACACCAGCUGAUGAUAUCUGGCCUGGACAGAUAUCAGCACAAAUAUCACUAUCAAAUUCUAUUAAUAGCAGAGCUAUUAAAAGCAGAUUCAUUAUUAAAGCAACUCCUGGUAUUCCAGCGCUAGUCCAAUCAAUGAACGAGAUCCUAAAUCAAACCGGUUAGGAUCAAAGCUAACUCAGUAGGUUUAAAUACGGUGCCAACAUCUGGGCCUUGUGGGUAAAGGAAAACAUCUAAUUGCAAUAUUUUUUGAAUUAUUAAAUUCUUGCGAUUGGCCUCGUCUUCCUCAGUGUCCUGUCUUGACCAUUGUGCCUCUCCACUCUGAGCUUUAACAUCUUGGUCACCAUAAUCUGCAUCAGGUAGGGACACCAAGCCCAGGGAGUCUCCAUCUGGCUGACAGUGUGAGGGUGUGACUGCACUGCACUUCAGGCAUUACACACAACCCAAUAUUCCAUCCAGGCUAUUAUUUGCAAUUGUCAUUCCAUACAUGAAUAUUGUGAUGAUUGCUGUUCCAUAUAUUGUGGAUCUCCAGUGUGAGUUGGUUGUUGGUGUCCUUGAAGGUGCCUGCAGCAGCAGAUCUUUGCUCUGGCCCUGCUGAUAUUUGGUGCUUUUGCAGCAUAACUUCCUAAAUUCACCAUGAAACUACGCUGCUGUGAACCAGCACUGGCCCCAGUCUAGCAGUGGAACUGGAUUGAUGUGAAAACAGUGUUAAAGUUCUAUCAUCACACCAUUAAAAACUCAUCGGCUGCAGGAGUGAAACAGGUUGACAGACGUUCACCCCUUCCCUCAUUAUAUACCCACCGCUCCUAUGAAAACGGUUUUCUAUGACCAGUUGCAGAGGUUUUUAACGACGCAGCGUGGCCGUAAUGAGGAAGGUUUCCGGAGCGAUGACACAUCCUCUGUUUUGCCCGUGUUCAUGCAGGAUUCAGAAAGUAAAAACUAAUGAGCUCUUAGAAGCCAUUAGAGGCACAGAGGAGCUAAAACACCCAGAAAGCAAUCUGUUUAGGUGUUAGUGUCUUCCUCACAUCAUGGACGCUUGGGUGAAAUGAAACUCUUCUUCUGCCCUCUUACCUCCAGUCUGUUCCUCACCAACGAAUCUCUGCUCAUGUUUUAUUCUCACACAUUUUCUACUCUUUUAAAGUUUGACUUGAAGUCACAGUUGGUAAUUUCUUUCAUUUAAAAACCCAACAUGAGCUAAUGAUGUAACGGCUGCGUUAAUUUACAUGAACUAAACUCCAGUCAUUCAGUAUAGUUUCCUCUAUGCAGAGGAAGUGAUAUAAAGCUGAAUGAAGUCACCGGUCCUUGCAGCUAAUCACCACUUAAUCUGUUUCCAUAACAACUCGAUCUGUUGGAGUUUAAGAACCCUGGGAACGUGUGUCCUAUGAGUGGCAGACAAAGUAAUUUUCUCUUUAAAUCUUUCAACUAUUUUCAUGAAAAAAACAUAAUUACAAUGUAAUAUGAAUGUAAUUUUUCAACCAAGCAAUGAAUCUGGGGAACAUUUUAGUCCCCUUAGUUAAACUCAGCAGUCCUGCAGAUGUUGGAUGGUUGGAGCUCAUCUGGAGGUGGAGCUGAUCUCAUUGGUUGCAUUCAGCUGCAUCUUUUUAAGUGUUAAGUUUCCAUGUUUUACAUGAUAUAAGCUGAACACAGAAAUCUACUUGAAAUAGAAAUGUGAAUAUUCAUAUAAGAAAAGCCAGAAACAAACCCUGAAGAGUCUGCAGUGUGGUUUUGCAGACUUCUUGACUCCAGAAUAAUGGUUAUGGUAAAAUCAAUGUUACAAAUAUCGACUCUCUCUACUUCUGCUAAACCUAAAGAGACCGAAUCAGCUUUACUGGACCAAAACCAGCCUCCAGAAGCAACGUCCUAUCAGACAGCUGCCAUUACACUUAUUUUUUCCCCAUUAGUAACAACACAUAACUGUACUUCUAGACUGAAGAAGACUAUUCAUGGUCCUGUUUUAAGUCUUGUGUAUUAUUAGUUUUUCUUGACUGUAUUUGAAACUUUAAACCAGCUCUCCGACGAGGAAAACGCUGGGACAUGUUGGAGCUGUGUUUAGAUCCAGGUCAGGAUCAGUCACCUGGACGGCCGGGGCUCCGAGAACGCGUUUUCUGUUUUUCUUUGCAGCUUGCAUCUCAUUCAUCUGUGUCAUCAUUUAAGUCAGAUCAGUAAAACUUCAGUGCAGAAUAAAAUAUAUUUUGAUAAAA